AUGCCUGAAGGCCGGCUUUUGCGAGACACAUUAUCCGAUGAUAUGAAGGAACGUGUCCAAGCGUUCGAGGCGCGCUGCGCGGAUUUGAUGAAGAAGUUUGAUCGUCGGGUGAUCAUCCACACAGAGAAGACUGUUCAAAAGCUUCAAGACGGAAAAAUUAUUAAGCGCUAUGGAAAAAUCUUCGAAUGGCUGAAGGCGCCUGAUCCGACACACAACUACGACAAUGCUCGGGAAAGGCACCAAGAAGGGACUGGCUCUUGGUUCCUGACCGGGCAGGAUUUUUUGGAAUGGAAAGAGCGACCAGGAUCGUUGCUGUGGGUGCAUGGAAUCCCUGGCUGCGGGAAGACAAUUCUAUGCUCGUCUGCGAUCAAAGACAUCACCGUGCGCUGCAAAGGAGAUAGCUCAGCCGCGAUAGGAUACUUCUUCUUUGACUCCAGAGAUGCUCAAGAGGGACUCCAACAGCACGAAGGUUUCAUCCGCUCCCUUAUCAAACAGUUCGCUCUUCAAUGCUCUGUCAUCCCCGACGCCUUGGUGCAACUAUAUGGAGAAGGAUACUCGUGGCCAUCCCUAAAAUAUCUUCAGGACACUCUUCGAAAUAUCCUGGCACAAUUCACGCAUGCCUACGUGAUCGCAGACUCUCUCGACGAAUGCUCUGACAAUUCAGCUAUUCCCGAUCAGUCAUCGGAGAGGACAAGGGUUCUGAAUUGGAUGAAGGAUCUUACAUGUUGGCAAGAGUUUACGCGAAAUGUGCACGUUCUCAUCACAAGUCGAAAGGAGUUGAGUAUCGAGCGUGCCCUUCAAUCGCUAAAGGCCGUCGAGGUGUGCAUGGAGGGCGAUCCCGUCCGAAGAGACAUUCAAGAAUACAUCGAUAAUAAGUUGUUAACAGACGGCCAGCUGAGAUUUUGGAAGGGCAAGGCAAAGGAAAUCCGAGCGAAAGUGAUGGAGAUGUCAGAUGGAAUGUUUCGAUUGGCUGUUCUACAACUAGACGAGAUACGUUCGUGCCGCACUGCUCGCGACUUGCAGGAGCGACUGGAGAAUCUGCCCCACAGUCUGCACGAGACCUAUGACCGCAUACUCUCGAAGCUCAGUGAAAGAGAUCUUCAAAUGGCCUUGACAUUCUUGCGAUGGCUAUCCUUUUCCGCUCGUCCCCUGAAGUUGGAUGAACUGGCUGAGGUGACAGGUGUCGAUUUCGAGUCGAAGCCAUUCCCUCGAUUCUACCCUGACCUGCGAUAUAAUCCUGAUAUCAUCUUGAUUGUUUGCUCAAGUCUUAUUGUCACAUCGUCUGACGGAGAGGCCAAGCUCGCGCAUUUCUCCGUCAAGCAAUACCUUGAUUCCUCAUCUCUUGCCCAAGGCAUCGGCUUCGACAUCAGCGAGAAGGCAUCCCAUUCGCUGAUCGCUCAAACAUGCAUCGCAUACCUUUUGCAGUUUGACUCUACCGAAGUUCUAAGUAAGGAGAUACUGAAAGAUUUCCCGUUCGCGUUAUAUGCGGCACAGUACUGGCCUAUUCAUGCUAGAUCUGGACCAAGCGACAACGCAGACGCUCUGCAAACUCUUAUUGACGUUCUUUUUUUAGCGGAUUCUGACGGAGCCUUUAUCGCUUGGGUUCGACUCUAUGACCUCGACGGACAACCGGGCUUUGACAUGGAGAGGACGCCGAAAGGGUCUCGAUUCUAUUACGCUGCGCUUGCCGGCUUGCCAGAAAUCUUGCUGGCUCUGUUAGAGAGGGGAGCAGAUAUAAACGCUCGGGGAGGAGCAUAUGGCAACGCGGUGGGGGCAGCGUCGGCAAUGGGCCACAAGAGGGUGGUGCGGUUGUUGCUAGAGAAGGGCGCAGACAAGGACGGGCACAACGGCACUGCGCUUUAUAUGGCAGCAUCAAGAGGAUACGAAGAUAUAGUGCGAUUGCUGCUAGAGAAGAGCGCCGAUGUUCCUGCGAAGGAAGAAGAGGUCGGCAAUGCACUACGUAUAGCAGCAUUGUAUGGCCACGAAACGAUCGUGCGACUGCUUCUGGAGAAGGCUGCAGGUGCGGACAGGCAAGAAUAUAUCGACCGCGCUCUGGAGGCUGCGGUUUCGAGACAUCAUGAAGACAUCGAACGACUUUUGCGGGAGCAUGGCGCGGAGAGAAACAUACAUGGAAGACCGUACGGUGGCGCACGGCAAGUAGUGUCAUCCUCUAGCUCCGGAUGGACCACAGAAUUGCCGGCGAGAGGUGCUGAUGUGGACAUGCAAGGAGAAAUGUACGGC